UAAGGAGUAUCUCUCUAGGCUGGGAGAGAGCAGUGUCUGGCUACUUGCCUGACAGGGUACUGAGGGUGGUGCAGUGCUGGGGAAGGAACAGGCUGGCAACUCUCCAGGCUGUAGGACCUGGUCCAAGGCCCAUAGAGGUACUAGGAGGCAAAGGAAGGCAGCAGAUACUGUGAUCCUCAGACAUAAUUUCAAAAGCUCUUGUGGCCCUCCCAGGUGUUCCUAAGGGUGUGCAAACCUGUUCUGCAGGCUUCUCCAUGCAUGAGAGGAAAGCUGAACUCAGCUUCACUGAAAGAUCACACCAUAUCAGUAUGACUUCACAGAAUUGUAUUGUUCAGAGAAGCUGAAUUCGGAGAUUUCGAGGUUGGUUACACCAGUGUUGCUUCAGAGAAACCUCCCUGAUUUCAAUUUCAAACACCUACACUUUGAUUUGCAGGUCAUUGAAGAGCCAUCUGCAGAGGCUGGAUUGAUCUGGUGCUCCAUGGUACACUGUGCCAGCAAUUCUUUGGUGGUGCCAUGAUUUUCUGAAUCCCUCAGUGCUGGCUGGCAAGGGAGUUUCAAAAAUAUCCUGAUUCUGACAGAAUUUACAUUGAAAAUUACUUCCAUCCAGCUGGACGGUCCUUCUAGAAACUUGAAUCUGCAGUUGCUAUUCAAAUGAGCAGCCAGAGUCCCCUGAGAGGCCUCAGGUGAAAUCCCUAUUAUUUAAUAUACUCUUUUUAAGAAGAACCUUGAUAUUUAGCUGCUGUUGCUGGCCACACUUACUACUGUUUGUACAAAGUGAGAAGUGGAAACAUUCUUCCUCCUUAGCUUGUCCUUACUCUUUAACCAUUUCUGUGGCUUCCUAGUUCACUAAUUACUGACCCUGAUGGCUCAACAUUGCUUCAAAAAUGAGUAUUUUGACAGCUUGCUGCAAUCUUGUAUACCCUGUCACCUUCGAUGUUCCAGUAAGCCACCUUUUUCAUGUCAGAGCUAUUGUAAUGAGAGUACUACAGGUCAAAUAAAAGUAUCAGAUGGAAUUCUUUGGAUUGGUUUGGGAAUAGGAGUGAUUUUAACAUUCACAGUGUUCAUAUUAAUGGUCUUGUUUAAAAGGAGGCACCCAAAACAAUCAAAGGAAGAACUGAAAAACACAGAGUCUGCAAUGGAGCUGAAUGUUAUACUCAAGGCUGAUAUUGAGACCAGUGUGAAUGCAGAUAUAAUUGGAGAUUCCCUCCAAAGUGAAGCAUCACUGACGUAUUCAGAGGAGGAAUGCCCUUGCGGGGACUGUGGCUUGGUGAAACUCCAAACUGGCUUUGAUACUUCAUUCCCAUUACCAGCCACAGAGGAAGGAGCUACUGUUCUGGUUACCACAAAGACUUCUGAAUAUUGCAGCUAUAUUCCAGAUGCUAUAAUGACGCUGUGAUAGGGAGAUUGAUUAUUAUGUAGUAAAAAAUGCUUCAAUCAGCUCAUCCAGUAUAGGUAUACUCAUAAAUCUUAUUAUUUGCUGUCAGUAGAGAAGGAUAGUACAUAUGGUUUCUUUAUAGCUCUUGCAUUUAACUUUCAUUGGUAUUAUAUUAUUUCUAAUUUUAGUCUCUCUUGGGAGCUAUUUACUGGAACUUAUAAGCUAUAAGAACCUCUAUUCAGGGAAAACUUUUCUGCACUAUCAUUAAAGACUAUAUUUACUAGUCAAAAGGUUGGAUGUGCAUAAAUGCCAUCAAUAAGCAAGCUCAAAUGUAUAUUUAAUAACUAUUUCACAGAAAUAAAUCUUGUACCAAAAUGUUUUUGUACCAAAAUGUAGUACUAAGAGGUGCAAAAGAAAAGGAGGGGAGGAAAAAAAAAAAGGUGUGUAGCAUCAUUUUGCUACCACUUCAGAGAUCCAGGUUCUGAGACUUUGGGGCCCAAUGAAAAUGGGAAUGCUUGCCAAGGAAGUGCUCCAGUAUUGGAUAUAUUUAUAGAAUAUGUAAUUAUACCCAGUUAAGAUACCUCACAGCUGCUAUACUGGAAGAAGAGAUUGUAUUGCAAAGCCUCUAAUUGCCAAUCUGGUUUCUGAUAGUAGAGGAGGGCUUUCUUAUAUGGAUCAAACAUUUUCAAAAAAUAUUUAGCAGGGAUUUACUAGUAGUGUUAACUAGCUACAUGCAAAAAAUUCAAUCUAAAGUUAGGCAUGCGUACGCACCUAAAUAGGUGUUCUGGUUUUCAUAGCUGCUGAGCACUUGCAGUUCCCAUUGAAGUCAAUGAAGGCUGUUGGUGCUCAGCAAUAAUCACCUUUGUACUACUAGAGCACCGUCCAUCCAAGGAUCUCAGAGUGAAGGAACAAUCAUGAGUGAAUUAAGACUCAUAACACAAGAAUAACCCACAUCUUUAAGAUGGGGAAACUGAGGAACUGAAAGGAAAAAGAUUACGAAACUUGCUGAACAUCACACUCUGCACCUCUGACACACAGGCCACAUAUUUAGGCGUCUAAUUAUGGAUUUAGAUGCCUAACUCUGGCUACACAAGUCUGAAAAUUUUGGCCAAGUCAUACAUCAUGGGAAUCUAAAUAAGAUGUACUGUAACUGUUUCUAUUAUAACAAUUGCAUUAAUCUUUAUUUGUGCUUGGGACCUGUUCAAGUCCUUGGAUCUAUGCAUGCAUAUAUAGCCCUUAAUCAAAGAAAGUAGAUUUUAUUCUUAUUUGUUUUGCUACCUAGUUUUCCCAAUUACUUUUGUAGUUAUUCUUGGUGCUGUGUAUUUUGAAACAUCAACAAUUUGGGAUUAUUUUUGGUUAAAUGAUUCUUGACACCUGUAUUUGAAAGUUUUAAAUAUUUUAUUUUUCACUAGU